GAUAGAGGCUGUGAAGUAUUACCGUUCCAGAGACGACGCGCGGCAUGACCCUCUAAACCCCAGAAACAGAAAAAGAAAAACAACGCGUCCAAUCUUGCCGUGUUUCCCGUCGCGUGGCUUUCUGAUAUCAUCUUGGCACCAAACACUGCCAUUUAUUGUCGAUUUGCCCUUGAAUAUCAUUAAGAUGACCUGUUACGUACCCCAUUUAAACCCGACUUAUUAUUGCUAACUGCUAGCUAAUAAGGAUUCUGCUACGGGGUACCUAAUUCCGAUAACUACUGCUAUCAUCAACACUCCUACUCUCUUCAGCGGGCAGCCUGCGCAGGGGCUACCUCAGUAUUAUGCCGCGACCAGCAGCAAGAAGAAAUCGUCCGGUAUGGACGGAUAAUGCAAAAUUGGCCGACCAGAAUACGACCAAGGCUAGUGGAGGAAGCCGUGAGGUCGACGAGCGUCUUCGAUCUGAAGCUAGUACCACACACGGUGUCGGAAUUAUUGAUGGCCUGCAAAGCAUUAAUUCAAUAACCACCUAUGCGUCGCCAUCAAAAGAGGAUAAUUGCAGCACCACAGGGUUGGAAAUUAGACGACAGAGGAGAAGCUGGACGCCCAUCGGACAGACGCAAGAGCAAGUAAUCGAAUCCUCUCCUAUGGGUGAACGUCUAGCCACGAGCAGUAGACCGCCUACACGGGCGCGUGGUUACUCGUCGACUAUGUCUCUUGCAGGACGAAGGGGUGACAUGAGCUCAAGGAUCCCUGGAACACCCGCUUUUGAGAGUUCAAUUCUCAGCAAUUUUAGGAAGCGGCCCCGACAGCCUAGUAUUCUUCAAAUGAUGCAAGCGGAUGAUGAAUCUUCUGAUCUGGAUGAUGAUGACUUUCUUGGUGACGUCAGCCCGCAGGACGAAUCAACGCCCUUAGACCGUUCAAAAAGGAACCUAUGGCUGUUCGAGUCUAUUUCAGUCUCGCCUUUGCAGUCAUCACCCUCGAAAACGGAAAAUGAACGGCGGGAAGAGGUAGAGCCCCAUUCACAACUUGCCGUAGCAGGAGACUCUCUAGGCUUCUCACCAGUCUCUGGGAGUCGUCAGAAUAAGUCUUCUGUAUAUGCGGACAUACAUGAAUUCUCGGAACCAUCAGAACCUCUUGGUCGGGCAAGCGCCCCCCCAAUGAGUAGUAGCCCGCCUUGGAGCCCUCUCGAAGAUGUUUCUGCAUUGAGGAUGGGACGCCCACCAAAAUCCACGGUAGAACGCGUGACAGAGUCAAUAACCGAGGUGGCCAAAGAACCAAGCCAACCCGCUGUUCGCCUACCCACUGCAGCACUCCAACAGAGACUGCUUCCUCGACGACGGAGACGGCAACGCAAAUACGUUGAUGCCACAGAUUUUGAGCUUCAGGGCGAUGAAAGUGAAAAUGAUUAUCUUCACUCCGGACUAGAUGACGAUGAACCAAACCAAUUGCCUCCAACAAAGAUAUCAAGGUCGAGAAUAAAUCUUAGGACAAGGCCAGUCCCAUCUACCAAAAGAGCUGGAUUGGCUAAUCAAGGGAACGAAAAGAAGAGUCGAAUGCAAGGUGCUGGUAAUGGAAGGAACAACCAUCUUAGAACAAAGGCCAGUUCAUCCAAGCGGCCCAACCCUGGAGGAAAGGUCACUUACUCUUCACGCUCUCGAGAUUUCGGCGUGGACAAAGAGAACCAGGAAAUAGAUACCUCAUCGCCACUGUCUUCCCCUCUCAACUCCGAUGCUCUUGAUUCUGAUUCAUUCCGUUCCAAUGACACUUCCUCGAAGAAGUUUAUCAGCCAAGAGUUGCAGCUGCAGGCAAUGAAAUUUGCGGAGAUUGAUCAAUGGCAGAUGGAAUUUGAAGAUGUGACUGUACCUGCUAGUCAACCCAGUUCCCUGGAGUAAAGAUCUCUCUGGAGCAUUUCAUACUUUAGAAGCGUCUUGAACUUCCAUUUUGGCCACACCCAACCUGUGUCAUCUAAUGAAUAUGCGCCUUUCUCAGUGCUCGUUGUGCAGCCCCUUCUUGACUUCACUUUUGAUCAUGGGUAUUGUACAAUGUGUCGCUUAUUAGUUGAUUAUUUCACUGUCACCAAUCAACAAUAAUAAGACAGCCCUGGGGUCUAUGUACACCGUAGCACAUACAGCGUAGUAUUUUAAUAAUUCCGAGGCCCAUGCGGUGCAUCCCGCCGCUUAACAAUCCCCCACUUUGAUUC